AUGGGAACCCGGGCAUUUUCCCAUGACAGUAUUUUUAUCCCUGAUGGGGGAGCAGAAAGUGAGCAGACAGUUCAAGCAAUGUCACAGGACAACAUCCUGGGCAAAGUCAAAACUCUUCAGCGACAGUUGAGCAAAAACAUCAAGUUUGGGCGGCCACCACCCACUGCCAUUCCCAUGAAGAAGGCAGACAGUGGUGAGGCUAGCUUAGAAGAGGAUCUGUUCCUGACCAGUCCCGUGGAAAUUGUGACUCACGAGGACAUCAUCCUCUCAGACACCGAGAACAAACCCAGUGACACUCCAAGUUCUCGGAGUCCUCCGAAUCGGCCUGGAGCCAGAAGUGAGAUGGAAGAGAAGGUGGCUCCAGUUAAACCGUCUCGGCCAAAAAGGCACUUCUCUUCUGCUGGAACCAUCGAAAGUGUCAACCUAGAUGCCAUCCCCCUGGCCAUCGCUCGCCUGGACAACAGUGCCGCCAAGCACAAAUUGUCCGUAAAGCCAAAAAACCAGAGGGUGUCCAAGAAGCACCGGUGGCUUGCCAGGGAUCGACCAAAUGAACACGGUGGCCUUCCGCGUCAGCCCUCCCUGGACCAGAACGGACACUUUGGAGAAGACAAGCCAAUUUGGCACGAAGAGGAACCAGAGCUGCUGGACUCCGAAGAAGAGAAGAGAUGCCAAGAAGAAUACUGGCUAGAGCUUGAGGCCAAGUGCAAACGGCAGAAGGCCGAGGCAGCUGAGAGGAGACGUCUGGAAGAGCAGAGACUCCAGGCCCUGGAGAGGAGGCUUUGGGAAGAGAAUAGAAGCCAAGAGCUCUUGGAGGAGGAAGGAGAGGACGAGCAGGGAGAGGAGACAGAACUACAGCUGGAGGCAGAAAAGAGGCCGCACGAAGAGGAGAGGCAGAGACUGGGAGAGCAAGGUGGCCAAGGCCAAGAGCCGAGGGAGCAAGAGGAAGGAAGGCACCCGGAGGCCCAAGAGCAGGCGCGAGAAUGGGAGAAGCGGCAGCUGGAAGAGGAACAGCGCCGGCGGGAGGAGGAGGAGCAGCGGGAAAGGGAGGAGCAGCGAGAAUGGGAGGAGCAGCGGCGGCUGGAAGAGGAAGAGCGCCGGCGGGAGGAGGAGCAGCGAGGAUGGGAGGAGCAGCGGCGGCAGGAGGAGGAGCAGCGCCGGGGGCCGGAGGCAGCGGCCAAAGGAAGGGCGGAGCUGGGGAAGCGUGAGGAAGUGGACGCCGCGAGGCGGCAGGAAAUGGAGCGUCGGGAAGCCGCGAGAGUGCGCGAGGAGAGGUGGCCGCAGCUGGACGACAAAAGAGGCUUGAGCCCACUUCAGGUCGACUUUGCAGAGAAACCUGGGAAACGAGAGCACCCGCAGCCCGAGAAGCAACGAGAAAGCUCCGAGGAAUCCAGGAUUUGCGAGAAGCAGAGUCAGGAGGCCGAGGCAGCCGGCGAGCUGCAGGGACGGCGCGGGGCUGGUCCUGGGCAUGGCCGUCGUGCACGUCCGGAAGAGAGACCAGAAACUAGCGCGCAGCCUCCGCAGAAACACCAGGCGCAAGUGGAAGAGACUCCCGGGGAGAGAAAGGACGCCGCCACCCCAGAAAAAGACAGAAAGGGGGAGGAACUCCGGUGGCAGGAAGUGGACGAGAGGCAGAGCAUGCCCAGGCCCUACACUUUCCAGGUAUCAUCGGGAGGGAAACAGAUUCUCUUCCCCAGAGUCAAUUUGAGCCCAGUGACACCCGUGAGAGAUGCGGGACUGGCCUCCGCUCCCCACGCGCCGAAGAACCCCCGAGCCAGCCCGGCCGCCCACGCCCUGCCCUCCUCCCUGAGUGUCCCCCACACAGCCAUUCUGGUGACGGGCGCGCAGCUCUGCGGCGCGGCGGUCAACCUGAGCCAGAUCAAGGACACGGCAUGCAAGUCUCUCCUGGGCUUGUCAGAAGAAAAGAAGCACGUGGAUGUCCCUGCGCUGGAGAACGCAGCCCGCGCGCCUGUCGAGCCCCGGGCCGGCAGCGGGAAGGUCAGGGCCCCCCAGGAGUCUCCGAGCAGUGUGGCCGCGCUAGCUGAGUGGGCUUCCAUUCGGUCCAGGAUCCUGAAGAGCGCGGAGGGUGAGUCGCGCAGCGAGAGAGGCCGGUCUCGGCCGGGUGAUGAGCACGCUCCCAGGGCCCGCAGUGAUUCCCGCGGGAACCUCCGGAAGACCCCCCCAGUAAGUGCGAAGUUCUCUAUUAUGCCUGCUUGGCAGAAAUUCUCUGACGGUGGCACCGAGACCUCCAAACACAACACAGAAGCAGAGAGCAUUAGAAAAAGACCCUCGCCGGGAGCCGGCGACGGGUCGGUGCCCCAGCCCCUGGCUACUAAUGAGCUCCCCAAGGGCGCGGAGAAACCAGAGCCAGCAGACACCACAGAGGGGUGCAAAUUUGCCAAAGACCUCCCGUCUUUCCUUGUCCCAAGCCCUGCUUACACGCCUCACAGGGCCGUGGCCCAUGCAGAGCCCAUGGCCGCUUCGGACAGUGAGACCACCAGCGGGAGAGGAAAGCCAGACCCCUCGAUGCCUGGCCAGGAGGAAAAAGCCUCACCUUUCGGAAUAAAAUUGAGAAGGACCAACUACUCCUUGCGCUUCCACUGCGACCAACAGACAGAACAGAAGAAGAAGAAAAGGCACAGCAGCACCGGGGACAAUGCCGAUGGCGGCCCACCCGCACCAGGGAGCGCAAAAGGAGAGGGGACGGAAGCCGUGGCCCCCAAGCAUGGCCCGGCCCUGCCCCCCGAGAGGAAGCCAGCCCUGUCCGCCUGGAAGGACUCGGCCGCAAGAGCCCACCCUUCUCCCGCGGCCCCGCCGGCCGGCAGCCAGACCCCCGCCGCAGAGCACGACAAGGCGGCCAGCAAAACGCCCCCGGCGCAGAAGCCAGCGCUGGCCCCCAAGCCCGCCGGUCAGACGCCCCCCUCGUCCCCACUCUCCAAACUGAGCAGGCCCUACCUGGUAGAGCUGCUGGCCCGCCGCGCGGGGAAGCCGGACCCGGAGGCUCCCGAGAGCAAUGAACCCUGGCCGCCGUCGCCGCCGCCGCCGGCGUCCGCAGAGCUGAGGCGGGCGCACCAGAGGGAGGAGGAGGAGGAGGAAGUGGUGGAACCGGAGCGCAAACCCGCUUCCCCGGCCCUGUCGGCCGCUCGGCCGGAGAAGCCUUCCCAAACCCCCGAGGCCGGGAGGAAAGAAAAGCCGGUUCUUCAGAGCAGGCACUCUUUAGAUGGCUCCAAACUUGCGGAGAAAGUUGAAACUGUGCAACCACUGUGGAUAACAUUAGCACUGCAGAAGCAGAAGGGGUUUCGAGAGCAGCAAGCAACUCGAGAGGAGAAGAAGCAAGCCAGGGAGGCCAAACAGGCCGAAAAGCUCUCCAAAGAGAACGUCAGUGUCAGCCCACAGCCCGGAAGCAGCAGCGUGAGCAGGGCGGGGUCCCUGCACAAGCCCACCACCCAGCCGGAAGAGAAGAAGCCAGAGACGGCAGCGUCCAGGCUUGAGCGCAGAGAACAGCUGAAAAAGGCCAACACCCUUCCUACAUCUGUGACAGUGGAGAUCUCGGAUUCAGCCCCCGCCGCGCCGCUGGUGAAAGAAGUCACAAAGAGGUUCUCAACCCCAGAUGCUGCCCCCGUGUCAACAGAACCAGCCUGGCUGGCUUUGGCCAAAAGGAAAGCCAAGGCCUGGAGCGACUGUCCACAGAUCAUUAAGUAG